GGUGGUCGAGCGGCCCCGCCUCGCUUGCACGCGCCGCAACAGCGGCGACGCGGCAGCCGAACCGGAAGAGAAGGCCCUGUACGCGCCGGUGGAGAGGCAGGAACCGACGGACGACGUGGCCGCGCUGAGGGAGCUGGUGCGCGGAGAGUUGACGUGCUUGAACGUCGUCUUCAGCAUUACCGCGCCGAUGGAGGCGGGCCCCGGCUUAUUCCAUCAGGUGGGAGAGGAGUGGGACAUCCUGACGUGCGCCCCCACGGACGUCUUGGAUCACAGCGGAGAUCCCGCCGUCAUCAGCACGAACCGCCACUUCACCACCCGCGGCGCGAUUAAGAUGGACGUGGACACCGCGCAGCGGAUCUCCGAGGCGGUCAGCGGGGCCAGGACGACGAGGGCGUCGAACGGCGGAGGCUGCUUCGCCACGCUCCCGUCUCCAGUGCCGUUCGACCCGGUCUUCGGCGACAUGUUCCCCGGGUGGGUCGGGCUGGAGGUGUCGGUCGCGUCCUUCUCGGUGGUGCACUGUGAGGCCCCAGCGUUCGCCCCCAGCCUGCACUACGUCAUCUCGCGGAAGGUGGGCUCGGACGUUGACUUCUCGCGCCAAGCGAGUUCCAGCUCCAAAGGCGGCCGCAUCAGCGCUGACGAGCAGACCAUUCCGAGGCGGCUGAUGCGUGGGAACAAGGGCAGCAUCAUGUUCCUCCUGCGCGCGGCGAAGUGGUCGCAGGAGGACAUCCCCGGCUCGUCGCGGGGCAUCAUCAGCGUGACGGCGUGCGCCCUCCAGGUGCUGGAGUACACGCCGCUGGCCAUAGAGCUGUUCGACUUCUUCUGGCCCGUGGUCGCGUCCAGGGCCGUCGGCAAGGACCCCCUGCGGCUCGCGCCCCGGAGGGCGCGGCUGCGGCAGGAGCGCGAGAUCCGCCACGUGGUGGAGAGGCAGACCAGGCUCUUCGAGCUCGCGAGCGGGGCCAAGAACGCUGGGGGCAGCGUGGACACCACGUGGAAACUGCUGCUGGGCAUGGCCGACCUGCUGGUCACUGUGGUCACCCCGUACACCUACCGCGGCGGUUAUUUGGUGUCGCACGUCCUGGUGCCAGGCUGCGUCCAGCGGUUCGAGAGGA